UUGGUAAUUUCAACUUUUGUUUCCUUUUGGCCAAUCAUAUUACUUUGUUUAUAAUAAUAACAACCUGAUUUGUUGUUUUUGCUUCCUUCCAUCUUCUUUCUUUCUUUCUUUCCCCGUCCCUCCAUCAUCUCCCACAAGAAAACACACCCUCACCCUGCCCUUCAUUUAGAUUACGGGAACGCGAUGCUUGGUGUGAAUUGGUAGGAGGGACUGGGGAAAUUCUGAUCCUACGCCGGCGGUUUGUUUUGGCGAUGGAGUGCAGCCUAUGGGUGCCACCCGAGGAUUAUCAGAAUAAUAGUAAUAAUAACAAUAAUAAUUUGUGGGGGUUUAGCCAUGAAAGUGAACAUGAUUUGGCUUUAAUGGUUAGCGAUUUUUUGGAAAAUAACGCCGGAAGCGCCGGUGCCGAUUCUUGGUGUAGUAGCGAUAGCGAUUCUGGAUUCUCCGAUCUUAUCCACCUCGCCGAUAAAAUAUCUUACUAUAAGCACCCGGUAGGCCAAUAUGAGAUUGACCUUUCAUCCGUGGUUCAUUCUCUCGUAUUCUCCAUCAGUGAGACAGACCUACACUUUGUGAAGUCGGGGCAAUGUAACACCAGCUGCAUCAGGUAUUCUCUGGUAAAGCUGUUGCGACUUUCCGGCUAUGAUGCUGCUGUUUGUGCGUCAAGGUGGCAGGGUAGCGGAAAAUUUCCAGGAGGUGACCAUGAGUAUAUCGAUGUGGUCAAUUACAACAAUGGUUGUUCCGAGCGUUUGAUUAUUGAUAUUGACUUCCGAAGCCACUUUGAGAUAGCUAGAGCAGUUGAUUCUUAUGGUAGAAUAUUGAAUUCACUUCCAGUUGUUUAUGUGGGCUCCUUGACUAGGUUGAAACAAUUACUUCAGCUUAUGGUCGACGCAGCUAGGUCGUCUCUUAAGCAGAACUCAAUGCCAUUUCCUCCAUGGAGAUCGCUUGCUUAUUUGCAAGCAAAGUGGCACUCGCCUUACCAGCGAAAAUUCAGUCCCGAUGAACACGAUAUUAGUGGCAAUAUUCUUUCUGCCCAUAAACAGUGCAAUGGGAAUUUAAGGAGAUUGCAGUCGUCACUUCAAUCCGAAUUAGAAGCAGAACGAUUGUUGAAACCUGUAAACGUUGAUUGUAACCGAAGAUUGAAGCUUGACAGGAGGAGGCAAUCAUUUAAAGCCCUUUAACGUGUAUAGGUUUUGAUCUUGAAGAUGCAAGUUCCUUUUUUGUGAGAGAUGAAUUGUAUUGCGGCCUUUUGUUAGUUUUCUUUAUUAUUUUUCCCGAUAGCGAAUAAGCGGCGGACCUCUAAAUGAAGGGCAGGUUCAUAUAGCUGACCGUGAAGACAAUAACACGUCGUUCAGGUAUAAUCUCCGAGUUGGUGAGAGGCAUACAUUUGUGUUUGAUUUUUUUGUUCCACGGAUUUAGUCACAGGACUGGAUUCUGUGAAGUGCUGUAGCAUUGAUUGGUUUGAAAAUGCUAUCCUACACUAGUGGCAUGGUCUUAUAGAUACUUAAUAAUUUUCCUUCUUAAUAUGGGUGCAUAACUUUUGCAGCAGUCAAGAGCAUAUAUGCUUUGGUUACAAUUAUACAACUAAAUGAAAUUGUAAUUAGUUGAUGUU